AUGGCAGACGACAUUGAUACCAAGUUUAAUUUCACAUCUGAUUCGCCGGUGAGUUUUCUUUAGAUUUUUUGUGUUUUUAGGUAACAUUGCUUUAUGUAUAUCAUAAUAUAGAUGUUGCUCUAUGUUAUUUUUUUAAUUUCAAGUUGUUUGGGGUCUAUUUUAAUCCAAAAAUGAGCGAUAUACGUUAGAUAUGCCUACAUUAAUAUAACAAUCUCCUCUGUUCGCCCAAAUUUUGUCAUAUUGUCAUAGAUUUCCCAUUUUUAGCCGAUGAUGGAAUACGAAGAACUUCGCGCGUUAAUCACAAAGUGUCAAUCCGUGUUUCAAAAUGAAAAAACGUUGAUCAGGAUUGGGCAUCCGAUUAUCGUCGUUGGCGAUCUACAUGGUCAAUAUAAGGAUUUACAGCGCAUUCUAUCGUUACCUUUUUCAAAUGCAUCGAAUGCUCAUGGAGUGCAACGUUUUUUGUUUUUAGGUGAUUAUGUUGAUCGAGGAAAGGAGGCAGUGCCACUAUUGAUUACUUUGAUGAGAUUGAAGGUGAAGUACCGAAGAAGCGUGAGUUUUUUGUUAUUUUUGAUAAUUUUAGGUAAUAUUUUCAGCUGUGAUGGGCUUUUUUGUAGAUUUCAAGUAUGUUAUUGUAUUAAGGGUUGGUUUUUGGUGCUGAUCACUACAUUGGUCGUCUUUAUUUUACCAAAAUUUAUAUUGUUUUAGCUAUUAUUAAUAUUGCUAUUUUCUAUAAUAUUUUUAUAUCGUUAUAACCUACCUUUUUUAUGUUUAUACUAUGGCUAUCUAAAGUCUUUUUCUGACAUUAUUGUACUCUUCUAAAGCCACUAUUUUUAGUACUUUAUGCUUCGUGGUAAUCAUGAAUCAGAUAUGGUGAACAGGACCUAUGGCUUCUACGAUGAGGUAAUGAACCGGUUUCCAGAUGGAGUUGAAGGCCUAAGGUUGUACGCGGCUUUCAAUGAAAUGUUCUCAUGGUUACCGUUAUCAGCACUGAUUUCGGGACGAAUAUUGUGCAUGCAUGGAGGUAUAUCACCAAAGUUGACGUCGCUAAAGGAUAUUGAAAAUGUAAGUAUAGCUAUGUUUGGUGGAGAAUAUUUGAGGAUUUAAAGGAAUGUUGAUUAUCAGUUGAUUAUCGAUACUGGUCGGGUCAUUAUGAUAUGUUUCAUGGAGAGGAACUGUACUAUUUGAAGGUAUAAUCCACCUUGAUUUAGAUCAAACGUCCACUUCCGAAUCCAAUGCGUGUCGAGUUGGCAAUGGACUUGUUAUGGGCGGAUCCGGUGAUACAUGAGCAGAAUUUUCAGAAAAAUGCAUUGCGAAAAGUUAGCGUAUUUUUUAACGACGCGGCCGUGAUUGAAGUGUGCGAACGGUUAGACUUGGACUUUAUCAUCAGAGCACAUCAGGUAAUCGUUUGUUAUUGACGUGGUAACUUCGUAUUUAUUAUUGUUUUGUAUCUCACUUUCAUCGAUUUUAUUGAUUUAUUGAUUGUAACGGAAUGUCAACUAUUGAUUUUUCUGAUUUAUUGCUUGUGACGAAAUGCCAACUAUUGAUUUUUUGUUAAUGUCAUGUACGGUUAAAAUUAGCGUGAAAGGCGUCUUAAGAUGGUCGUAUUGUUUUUCUUUUUUAGGUAAUGUACAAUGGGUACUGGUUCUUUGCUAACGAAAAGUUAUUGACAAUAUUCUCAGCUCCAUGUUAUAGUAAUGUAAGUUGGUUUUAAUGGAUUGUUGGUACUUUUAAUUGUAAGUUUUGAUUUUAAUUAUUGUAUUCUUUCAAGUAUUGUUGUGUUGCCUUUAUGGGUGUUGCUUAUACCUACUCUUAAAUGUAUAACUUGUACUAUACCUUGUCUUUCAUUAAAUAUUAUAUGCCUAGUCUUUCAUUAUCCAAACUUUAGGACAACAAAGGAACAGUAGUAGUGAUAGGCGAACGAAAAACGCUUGGAUUUGUUUUCCUAACACCAGUGAAAGAAGAACAAAGCAAAGAAUCUUUUGAAUGCAAGUUCGAGUACUUUAAUAGAAUGCAGAACACGGAAAACGCCGAAUUUCUGGAUGAUCUACAAGCAAAAUCUGAUGAUACUGUACUCCCACUGGAGCUAUUAGUUGGCGCAGAGAAUAAGAAAAAAGAACCGGAUGAACAAGAAGAGAAUAUGAAAAAGGAAGAUAGUUAUUUCAAAAAGCCUGAACUCUUUAAAGGUUAUGAUGAGGGAAAAGAAGAUGCAGACAAAAAGGAUGAUGAUGAUAAGAAGGACGAAGAUGAAAAGAAGGAUGAUGAUGGCAAAAAGAACAGUGAGAAGUCAAAGAAGGAGAAGCACGAAGAAGAGAAGAAAGAAAAAGAAGAAAAGAAAGAAAAAGAUGACAAGAAAGAGAAAGAAGACAAGAAAGACAAAGAAGGGAAGAAAGAAAAAGAAGAUAUUGUCGAAUCCUACGCUUUAUAA